AUGCAAACUGCUUCACGCAGUAAGGCAGCGCUCGAGCAGGAAAUUGAUCUCGCGAAUGCUCAGAUCCAAACUCUCGUCCGUCGCGAAGCAGAAUUUCAACGAAUUUUGGAUGAUCUCCGGAAGAUGAAGGACGAGGCAGUGGCGGAGCGUUUGGAGCUGGAAGCAAGGCGAAACGAGCUGGAAGCGCAGAAGGAACCUAUCAACUGGCUUCCGACAGAGCUCUUGAUCCAGAUAUUCACGGCAUUUACUGAUUUGGACUUUGAAGACAUUAAUUAUCGGCCGCCUGUGGUCGUGUCGCACGUCUCCAAGAAGUGGCGCGCCAUUGCGCUUUCUACACCCCAGCUAUGGUCUCGUAUCAUUCUCGAAGGCUUCCGAAAUCCAGAAGUCGCGCAAACCUUUCUGCUUCGGUCCGGAAGAUCUCUCCUUGAAGUUGACUAUUCGAGUUUACAGGAACACAAGGCGAAUCAAGAGUGUUCCUACAUGGUGGACUUCCUCGCGAAUGUGUCGCAGCAUUUCAGCCGCGUCGGUGCCCUUGCUCUCUGCUUCAAAAUACCUCUACCUAUCGUGUAUCUGCUACCUUUUAUCAACGACUUCGCCAAUGCUUUUCCUCGACUUGCUCAGCUCACGCUGUCGAUCUCAACGCCCAACCCCUCGUUCGUUGAGGCUCCAAGUCUAAUCGACAAAGAAGAUGCCAUCCUCAAGAGCCGACGACCAGCUCCAAGCAACAGCGCUCUGCUCUACCUCAAGUUGGAGCAGGUUCCUUUGUUUAAUUUCCCAGUCGCGUUCAUUUCCAAUCUACGAACCCUCGACCUGUACUAUUCUCCCAGGAAGAUGAACAGUACUCGUCACGACUAUCACCUGAAGAUGUCGUCGCUCUGUCGCUUCCUGACUCUCACUCCACUUUUGGAAGAACUGAUUCUUGUCAACACGGUUCCAUACUUCGACGUCACCCCUCCACCUAUCGACAGUGCAGAUGCCGUCGACGGCAGUCUCGUACAGAUGCACCCAGUUCGUUUGGAACAUCUGAAAGCCAUCGAUUGGACGUACCCAUACACCGCCGAUGUGCACCGCUUCCUCACGAUGAUCGACGCACCAGGGAUGGAAAAGCUGGACAUCUGGGUGGAAGAGCUCCCCGCCAAGCGCAUCCUAGAGACGCUGAACGCGCGCGGAUACCAUCCGACUACCUCUUCGCACAAGUACACACGAGGAGUGAUCAGCUUCCCUGGUCUUCGCGAUCUGAGCCUGCAGACUGCCGGGGAAGACACGACGGCCUGCGUGCUCCGUAAAUUCUCGCUCCCGUCGCUCGAGAAGGUGGCGUUUACGAACGUCGACAGUGCCGCGCGGGAGGCGGCUGGUGCCAUCGACGCCCUGCCCAUCUUUCCGCGCCUCGAGUCCAUCUUCCGAGAUCCCCGGCUGCCCAAUCUCACCCACCUCACCCUCUCCCACUUCCGCAUCUCAGACGAGCUCGGUCGUGCGGAAGGCGUGCUCGGAUACAUGCCGCUGCUCACCUCCCUUUCGCUCGACUCAUGCGCGGGCGUCGGUCGGUUGCUCGACGGGCUGAAGGAGCGUGUCGCCGUCGGCGUACAGCGUGGCGUCAAGCUCUGUCCCAGACUCGAGGCGCUCUCGUUCUGGGGGUGCCAAGAUGUCGAUUUUGACGGUCUGCGUGCGGUCGUGCUCGCGAGGAACAGAAGCGCGGUUAUUUUGGAAGAGGGCAGCAAGGGUCUCGAUGGAGCAACGGGGACGAUCACGAGGGAGGCUGUGGUGGUGGUUCAACAGGGGGGCAAGCAGGCAGCUGAUGCUCCCCAGAGGGGAAGGAAGAUAAAGCCUCUGAGGAAGCUUCGACACCAUGCCCACGGCAAUGGCCCCUCGUCGCCUUUGUCGGGGUCGCCGUCUCCGCAUUUCGUGUCCACUGUCAUCGCCAUGCGAGAGGCCCUCGCACCCGCCCAUAUCAUCUACGUACGCGUGGCGAAUUGCAGGCUGAUAAACCAGGACGAUGCUUCCUCUCUCAGGGACCUUGGUGUCGUGGAUGUGAUUUGGGCUGGUUCGGAUUAA